CUUUGCUAUGAAAACAUUAACGGUGCGCCUAAAAUAAAAGAAAAUAAAGGAUUGGGAACAAGAUUCUCAGCACGUAAAUUAUAGUCUGUAGUAAUCGACUAAAAGUGAAAUUGAUAAAAAGUGGAACAUUGUGGACUCUAAUCCUGCCAGAUAUCAGCACUGUUCAGAUACCAGUUACAUCGUAGCGCAUACACAACAAGCAGGAGACCAGCCGUAAACUCCUUUACUGUACUCAGGGGCAUCAUGUCUAACAGUCCAAAUCCCACAGGAGAGGAAAGGGGGUCCGGUAAAUGCAAUCGCAUCCAUUCAAAACAAGUAGCAGUUAUUUGUAUUUUAACAAACUUCAUCCUAACGCUUGCGUUCCUUGUUUUGAUAAUAGCCUUAGCUGUUAAAAGAACAACUUUAAAACCUCAAGAAAGCUUAGCAUGCAUUUCAUGCGACAAAAUGAAGCCCAAUGCUUACACAAACCUAGCCCCAGAACCUGCUGGUCGUUCUGCUGUCAAACAAAGAGACGAUGGGAUGUGUUGUGGACCUGCUGAAAUCAUUACUCAGAUAUUGUUUCAAAUGGAAAUGGCAGCUCAGUAUCACUACGGCAUUUCUGGUCAAAGUCUCAUUGACAUAGCAGAAGAGUAUGCUGCCUGUGAAAGAGUUACAAAUGACAAGCAGCCCAUUGCUAAAGCAGUUGGAAUUGUGGAGUUCAAUCCUAGCUACAUUGUACAUGAUCAUCACAAGGUCCUGUGGAACAAAAACGGUCGAACCUUUUUCACAAAACACUGCGUUCACUUGGAGCUCGAAGGUGAAAUAUUUGUCCGGCAGCCUGGCUACUACAUCGUUUCGUCGCAGCUGAAUCUUCGGCGACGAAAAGAGACCAGUCCAACGAUUAAUGAAACAAGACCAACGACUUUCAUUCAUCAUGUUGAUAUCCUUUCCCACAAAUUUGGAACGACUGGUGUCCUAAUGCAAACCGAAAAAACAAUUGAAAGAAAUGGUGGUUAUUUUACAAGUUUCCUGUCAGCGGUUCUCAAGCUUAACAAAUAUGACAGGCUCUCUGUGUCUGUAUCCAAUCCUGAAUUGCUCGACAUUGACAAUUACAAUGAUCAUUUCCUUGUUUAUUUCACUUAUGAUCUGCCAUACUAAAAAAGAUUUAAUUAUGUUUGAUUUGAACAUUGACAUUGAUUAGCAGUGUCUAAUUAUAAUGUUUUAGCUGCAACCUAACGCUCCCAUAAUAAUUACAUUUAUUAUUAUAAUAGGACAGAACAGAACUAUUCUGUUUAUUAUUAUAAUAUCAAUAGUAAUGAAGCAAGUAUUUACUAUUAGUGAACAAAAUAAAACUGAAUCGUUUUGUGUUUGGCUAAAGUAAUACACUAGUAUGUAAUCAUGUGUAUUUUAUAGCUUGAACAUAUAUUGAAGUUAUAUCAUGGAUAUACAGUAAAAUACAAUUCAAGAAGUUAAUUGGGAUGUACGACGGUAAAAUCAAUUUAUUAGCAAUCGUCAAUAAAUAUACAAAUAUAUAAACAUACCCCAUUGCCUUAUUUUAAGUAAGACUUGUAUCUGUACAACACAUAUCCUAUUGUCUUAAGAAGAUCGUGCCUUAAAAAGCAGCUAAUUUCAAGGAAACAUUCGUGCAACCACUGCAUGUUCUUGAUUUAUUUACUAAAUUGCAUUAUUAUACUGAAUGUUGUUACAAGUAAUGCCAAUUACUGUUUAAGGCCUCUCGUGUCCCUUAUCAAACUUGAUGUAUAAAUUGAGUACAAAUGUACGUUUCAUUGCUAUAAUUAUAUAAAAAUAAUCACGAUUUGCCUAUUUGUCUUUCAUUCUGUUCGUUUACCCUCGUAUUAAGUCAACGGCUUUUGUGUUUUAUAAGUUGUUGUUGGUUUUCGUCGAUUUUGUUUUUCUUUUUAGAAUUGUUGUAUCAAAAUAUAGAUAAGAUGACUGUAUUUUUGCAAAAUAGCGCGAGUUGUAUGAUAUGUAUAUUCAUCUUUCCCUAAAACAUGUACAAUUAACUUUUACAUGCUUAGAUAUUUUAUGUUACGGUUAACCCAAUAUGUUUACAAACAUUACUGCAAGUUGUAGAAUAUAUAUGUUCAUCUUUCCCUAAAAUAUGUACAAUUAACUUUUACAUGCUUAGAUAUUUAAUGUUACGGUUAACCCAAUAUGUUUACAAACAUUACUGCAAGUUGUAGGAUAUAUAUGUUCAUCUUUCCCUAAAAUAUGUACAAUUAACUUUUACAUGCUUAGUUUUUUUUAUGUUACGGUUAACCCAAUAUGUUAACAAACAUUACUGCAAGUUGUAGAAUAUAUAUGUUCACCUUUCCCUAAAAUAUGUACAAUUAACUUCUACAUGCUUAGAUAUUUUAUGUUACGGUUUACCCAAUAUGUUUACAAAAAUUACUGCAAGUUGCAUAAUAUAUAUGUUCAUCUUUCCCUAAAAUAUGUACAAUUAACUUCUAAAUGCUUAGAUAUUUUAUGUUACGGUUUACCCUAUAUGUUUACAAACAUUACUGCAAGUUGUAUAACAUAUAUGUUCAUCUUUCCCUAAAAUAUGUACAAUUAACUUCUACAUGCUUAGAUAUUUUAUGUUACGGUUUACCCUAUAUGUUUACAAACAUUACUGCAAGUUGUAUAACAUAUAUGUUCACCUUUCCCUAAAAUAUGUACAAUUAACUUUUACAUGCUUAGAUAUUAUAUGUUACGGUUUACCCAAUAUGUUUACAAACAUUACUGCAAGUUGUAUAAUCUAUGUGAUCAUAUUUUCCUUAAAACAUGUACAAUUAACUUUAACAUGCUCAGAUAUUAUAUGUUACGGUUUACCCAAAAUGUAACAAACUUGUCUCUGGAAUUCAUUGGUUAUCACUGUAAAGUAUGCUCGUUUAAACUUCUUGAAAAGUCGAGCGAAAACGGCGUCAAUUUGAAGUUGAAUAUAAUUAUAUCAAUGAUUUGUAUAAAUAACAUUUAUGUCUCAUUUGCGAGUGAACUGUAUUAACAUACAAUGCUUCAAAUAUGUUUUAUUUGCAAUCAGUCAAAUCUGAAUUGUCUGUUAUGAUUUAUGUUAUUAUAAAUCUCAGAUUGGUCUUA